AUGGUUGCUGAAUUCCAAGAUGCGCGGUCGUUUGGUGGCCCCAGCUUGAUUGUAGUGAGCCCGGGUUUUGAUGGAGACCGUCGGGCCUUUUUUUGUGCCCAACAAGGUGGGCAUUUUCACGGCAUGGCAGGAUGCUUGAAAGGCAUCACGCAGAUUUACUCAGCAGCUGGCUUGAGCGAAACAUUGUCCAGCGAUGAAAUAGUUCUGGUAUAUUUUAGCUUUGGCGCGAAGUCUGCUGAAACGCCACAUUCUUUGGGCGAUGACUUUGAUCCCCAAUUUGAGGAGUUUGGGGAGUCGGAGGAUGUGGUUCCACGGUUAUUCCGCGCAACCUACAGCCAGGAGACUGCCCAAUUUUUUGCUGACGUGGGCAUUGACCCUGUUCUUGGGGGAAGCUUGGUCUUGUGGAGGCAAGGAAUGGCAUUUGCCAAGGCUUCAGUGAAAGAGCUGAAUGAAAGCGAAGAAAUGGAGACCGAAGUCGCACGAUGGCUUGGAGGAAAAUACCCAUCAUCACCUGGGGCUGCAAAGGCAAAACCAGCCAGACCUGCUUCAGCCACUGCCAGAGGGCAUGUGGCUGGCCCGACGCCAGGUGCCUCUUGCGGGGCCCCACCUGUUGGUCCCCCUCCACCUGCGAAUCCCAGCGUGGCAACGAAUGUGGUUUUUGGUGCUGCCCUGAGUGGCCCACCACCUGGUCCCAAAGCGCCAACAGGAACGAUGACAGUCGGUGCUGCCCUGAGUGGCCCACCACCUGGUCCCAAAGCACCAACAGGAACGAUGACAGUCGGUGCUGCCCUGAGUGGCCCACCACCUGGUCCCAAAGCACCAACCGGAACGAUGACAGUUGGCGCUGCACUGAGUGGCCCACCACCUGGUCCCAAAGCGCCUACUGGACCCCGGCCAACAACAACGGUGACAGUUGGUGCUGCCCUGAGUGGCCCACCACCUGGUCCCAAAGCGCCUACUGGACCCCGGCCAACAACAACGGUGACAGUUGGUGCUGCCCUGAGUGGCCCACCACCUGGUCCAAAGGCACCUGUAAGUGCUUUCUUACUGUCGGCCCAACCUCAGCGUGAGGAUGAUGACGUAGAUGCGCCGCCUCCACCACCUCCACCACCUCCAGAAGGAGGGUGGUGUGACUUCCCUCCCCCACCCCCAAAACCUCAGUACUCAGCCAAUGACCCGGUCCCCAUAGAGAGUCCUGAGACACCAUGCCCAAUCCCUCCGCCACAACCCACUCCUCCUGCAACUCCUACAUCCAGCCAGCCAGCUCCAACUCCACCUACUUUGACCUCAACUUCAAUGCAAGCAGCGCAUAGUGAGGCCCAACCCCCCCAAAUAAACCAAGCAACCCAGAGUCAGAGCGAAUCGGCGCCGUUGCCGCCGAAGCUUCAAAGCUCUGAAGCAGCACCGGAGCCUCGACUGUCGAAUCCGAGCCUCGAUGAUGGGGAGCAAAUCGCGAAGCUGUUUGCCUCGCACACACGGCAGGGCGUGGUCAACCGCGACACGAUGAAGGCUCUCCUGCAGUUCCUCUUGAGCAAGCAGGGAAGCCGCAAAGGUUUGAGCUCUGCUCACCUCGAUCGCAUCGUCGAUUCUUUUGUGGAAGAGUCUCCAGACUCUGGGAGCAUCAACGCGAAUCAGUUCAUUCAGUGGGUGUGGAGCGGUGCAAAGUCCCGGAAAUGA